GGCCGGUUUUCCAGGAACCCGCAGAGUGGCGGAGGGGAGAGAAGCGCAGCGUGCUGUGAGUGAGUGAGUGAGUGAGUGAGCGAGCGCCUUUCUGCUGCGCGCUGGAGCGAGAUUUCCAAAUCGCUCUGCCUUUAGCUUUUCGGCCUGUUAGGGUGUGGCCGGCUUUUCGCUGCAUCUUCACUGCGUGCUGCUGCGGUUUAAACGCCCCUUAAACUUGUUCGAGGCGCCUGGAAGCUGCCUGUCGGACGCCAUCUUUAGGAGUGCUGGGGGAAGAGCCCGCUGAGCGGCCGGCCGGGACACCGCCAUUAUCCCGGGCUGGAGUUUCGCUCUCAUCCCGGACUACCUGCUUAAAGCACUUCCACAACUUAGCGAGCACAAGGCAGCGCAGUUUGGGAGUCAGCCCAGAGCUCUGCACAAAGUUCUAAUAAACCGGCAGUGAGCUGAAUAAGCAGCUGUGGUGUUCGAGUGCUGCUCUGCGGACCGGGUCCCGGCUUGGGAGCGAAGAAGCGGCUCCACGCGCUGGCGGACCGCUGCAGCCGCCCAGCCUGGCUGUGGGAAAGGGUGUGUAUCUGUAUGAGGCCAUUGUCCUGCAGAUGAGCCAUAACAGGGGGCUGUUGCGUCGCAGACCCAGAUAAUCCCUGGUGGCUGCGGCCCAGGCCCCGCCCCUACCCAGCAUGCCCAACGCUGUUCGAGCGGGGAGCCUGAAGGACCCCGAGAUCGCUGAACUCUUCUUCAAGGAGGAUCCUGAAAAACUCUUCACUGAUCUCAGGGAGAUCGGCCAUGGCAGCUUUGGCGCGGUUUACUUUGCACGAGAUGUGCGCACCUCAGAGGUGGUGGCCAUCAAGAAAAUGUCCUACAGUGGAAAACAAACCAAUGAGAAAUGGCAAGACAUAAUCAAGGAGGUGAAAUUUCUCCAGAAUAUAAAGCACCCAAACAGCAUUGAGUAUAAAGGCUGUUACCUGAGAGAACACACAGCAUGGCUGGUAAUGGAGUAUUGUCUGGGUUCUGCUUCAGAUAUCCUAGAGGUACACAAAAAGCCCUUGCAAGAAGUGGAGAUAGCAGCAAUUACCCAUGGUGCUCUACAGGGGCUGGCAUACCUUCACUCCCAUAACAUGAUCCACAGAGACAUCAAGGCUGGGAAUAUCCUGCUGACCGAACCUGGCCAAGUGAAACUGGCUGACUUUGGCUCUGCUUCCAUUGCUUCUCCUGCUAACUCAUUUGUGGGAACUCCAUAUUGGAUGGCCCCAGAGGUGAUCUUGGCUAUGGAUGAGGGUCAGUAUGAUGGCAAAGUGGAUGUCUGGUCCUUGGGUAUAACUUGUAUUGAAUUGGCGGAGAGAAAACCUCCACUUUUCAACAUGAAUGCAAUGAGUGCCUUAUACCAUAUAGCACAGAACGAGAGCCCAAUGCUGCAGUCAAGUGAAUGGACGGAUUUCUUUAGAAACUUUGUGGACUCCUGCCUUCAGAAACUGCCUCAAGACAGGCCCACUUCUGAAGAGCUUUUGCAGCAUGCCUUUGUGUUGCGUGAGCGAGCCGAGUCUGUGCUGAUGGACCUGAUCCAGCGCACCAAAGAUGCUGUGAGAGAGCUGGAUAACCUGCAGUAUCGCAGGAUGAAGAAAAUCAUCUUCCCUGAUCCACAAAAUGGACCAGUGGUAGAGGUCCAGGAUGAGGAGGAGGAGCCGGAGCACAACACGGGGCAUACUGGCACAGUGAACAGUGUGGGUAGCAGCCAGUCCAUCCCCAGCAUGUCCAUCAGUGCCAGCUCUCAGAGCAGCUCUGUCAACAGCUUGCCUGAUGCUACUGAGGACAACAAGAGUGAGCUGGACCUGCUGGAGGGCGACCACACAGUCAUGUCCAACAGCUCCGUCAUACACCUUAAACCGGAAGAGGAAGAGAGUCAACAGGAAACCCCAGACGUUCCUAGUGAGCCAACUGAAGAGCAGUCUGCUCCUGCACAGACUCCUCGCCGUAGCUACCGCAACAGAGAGCAUUUUGCCACCAUCCGCACAGCCUCACUGGUGACACGUCAAAUCCAGGAACAUGAGCAGAACUCAGAGCUGCGGGAGCAGAUAUCGGGGUACAAGCGAAUGCGGCGACAGCACCAGAAGCAGCUGUUGGCUCUGGAGAACAAGCUCAGGGCAGACCUAGAUGAGCACAGGCUCAAACUGGACAAGGAACUGGAGAGCCAAAGGAACAGCUUUGCUGCUGAGAUGGAAAAACUUGUCAAGAAGCACCAGGCAUCCUUGGAGAAAGAUGCCAAGAACUUUGCCAAUGAUGAGAAGAAGUUCCAGCAGCACAUCCAGAGCCAGCAGAAGAAAGAGCUCAACAGCUUCUUGGAGUCCCAGAAACGGGAGUACAAGCUGCGCAAGGAGCAACUCAAAGAGGAACUAAGUGAGAAUCAAUCCACACCAAAGAAGGAAAAGCAAGAGUGGCUGUCAAAGCAGAAGGAGAACCUGCAGCACUUCCAGGCUGAAGAGGAGGCAAACCUUCAACGCAGGCAGCGUCAGUACCUGGAGCUCGAGUGCCGCAGAUUCAAACGGCGUAUUCUUAUUGUUCGGCACAAUGUGGAGCAGGACCUGGCAAGAGAGGAGUUAAACAGGCGGCAGACACAGAAGGACCUGGAACAUGCCAUGCUACUUCGACACCAUGAGUCCAUGCAAGAGCUGGAGUUCAGGCACCUGAGCACCAUCCAGAAGACACGGGCGGAGCUCAUUCGCUUACAGCACCAGACUGAGCUCACCAACCAGAUUGAGUACAACAAACGCCGGGAGAGAGAGCUUCGACGCAAGCACGUCAUGGAAGUCCGCCAGCAGCCCAAGAGCCUGAAGCCUAAAGAGGUUCAGAUCAAGAAGCAGUUUCAAGAAACCUGUAAAAUCCAGACACGGCAGUACAAGGCCCUGAAGAACCAACUGCUGGAGAGCACACCCAAGUCAGAACACAAAACCAUGCUGAAGAGGCUGAAGGAGGAGCAGACACGCAAGCUGGCCAUCCUCGCUGAGCAGUAUGACCAUUCAAUCAACGAAAUGCUUUCUACACAGGCUUUGCGGCUGGAUGAGGCACAGGAGUCUGAGUGUCAGGUAUUGCGGAUGCAGCUGCAGCAGGAGCUGGAGCUGCUGAACGCGUAUCAAAGUAAGAUUAAGAUGCAGACGGAGUCACAGCAGGAUCGAGAGAAGAAGGAGCUAGAGCAGCGAGUAUCUUUGCGCAGGGCUCUGCUGGAGCAGAAGAUUGAAGAUGAAAUGCAGUCUCUGCAGAAUGAUCGCUCCGAGCGUAUCCGGAGCCUGCUGGAGCGUCAAGCUCGAGAGAUUGAGGCCUUUGACUCAGAGAGCUUGCGCCUCGGCUUCAGCAACAUGGUGCUGGCUAACAUCUCCCCCGAGUCACUCAACAACAGCUUUCCUGGAGCGCCACCCAACUGGGCUCACUCGGCUAUUCCCCAGAGUUCCCAGUGGAGCUCUUGCUCGGGCUCUGGCCAUCAGUACCAAGCAAAUCAGGGAGGAGCGCCUGGCCAGCAGGUCUGGGGAGCAUCUGUCUCAGGAGCAGCACCUCCGCAGUGGAGCCAUGCAGCGGGGGGCCUCCUGGGGGCUGUGCCAAAGAGUAGUGGGAGUAUGGCCAUGAAAAACAGUCCACAGGCCCUCAGGAGGACCACAUCAGGGGAUCACAGUGAGCAGAACAUGAGCAGGAGCACCAGCAUCACGUCUCAGAUAUCCAACGGCUCCCACCUAUCCUACACAUAGACCCCAGAGUACCAGUGCCAGCAACCCCCACCCCAAAUGCAGACAGGCACCUAGAAUCAGCUGAAUGGCACUCUCUGCUUGACUCUACCCCUGUUUUUGUCCCUCUGUCUCCCUGCUUUUUCUCACAUGUAGCAUGUGAGGUAUAGAUAAACAUUGCUCAGGUCAAUAGCUAUUCUAUCUGUGCAUGACAGUUAAUUGGCCCACAUGCAGAGCUAGAAUUUGUCUAACACUGCAGCUUAUAAGAUGCUCGGUUGAUUUCUGUGAAUCCAAGAAAUCUAACCGUCUUUGCAAACCCCCACUAACUGUUUCAAAAGCAUGUACAUUAUGUAUGAUGGAUACAGAGAACAUUUUGGCCAUUUGAUGAACUCCAUAGCAUUGAACUGAAGGAUAUAAAGAGUAAUGGGACGUUGAACAGACAUCUACACAAAGGGUAGUAAUAAUCCUAGACAAAAUGCCAAAAUGAACCCAACUUAAACAUGCAUCGGUUCCCAUCCGGUCACAUUGCCAGCCUGCUGUUAUGCCCCAAGUGAAUCAGGUCAAUGUUCCUCUUCAGCUAGAAUGUUGAACUGUAGUUUGUCUUAAAGAACGGUAUUCGUAUUUGCCACAACUUGAGUGCUGAGUGUUGUGUAAUAUGGGGACGAGAGUAGAAAAGUAGUCUGUAGUCUUCAUUGUUGUGUGAAAUCAUGCACUCGUAUUGCCAGGCAUGAGGAUUUUAAAGCGAUUUGAUUUUAUUGUUUGGGAUUUUAAGAUUAACUGGUUUGAACGGACCUUGUCGUUUUACUGUCAGUCUUGGUUGUGUGAAGUCGGAGAUAAAAUACCAGCAGGUCUUUUUGUCAGCAUUGUCAUCACCCUCGUGUUUUAGAAUGCGUUUGGGUAUCCACAAAAUCUUUUUGCUUUCCCUCGGGCAUGCCAAAGAAACCUUCCCCACAAACCUGUAGAAAGCCUAAAACUAUUCUGUCUCCCCCAACAAGUCAAAUUUGAAGGUUAGAAGUUAUCAAGCACCUAGGGGCGUCGUGGCUCAGGUGGAUAAGGCGCCAUACCAUAAAUCCGGGGACCCGGGUUCGAUUCCGGCCCGAGGUCAUUUCCCGAUUCCCUCCCCGUCUCUCUGUCCCGCUCAUUUCCUGUCUCUACACUGUCCUAUCCAAUAAUAAAGGUGAAAAAAGCCCCAAAAAAUAUAUUUAAAAAAAGUAGUUAUCAAGCACCUUGAAAAAAGUGAAGGAAACAUUACACGUCAUGUCCUUUUUAUAUUUUGCGCCUAGAUUUACUUGUGAAUCGUUGUUUUUUGUUUUUUUAAAAGCUUUGCCAUCCUAUUUAGCCAAAGACAUCAGGUACGGUUUCACAGUUUGAGCUCAGCGAGUGCCUUUUAAUUCAUGAUUACAUGCAGGGGUUUGAAAGUUUUACAAAAACCUGAAACAAACCUCUCCUAUGCUGAUUACUGAUGCCUGGGAAAAUCCUUUCUGUAGUGACAUUGACAUUUUCUACUAUAUACAAUUCUGAAAAGUGCACAAUUUUUCUCUUUUACAUUUAAAUCGGCCACAAGUAAAGUCUUAUUUUGUGUCCUCAAAAGUGAAAAUGGUUUAAAAAUUCAUUUAAAACAUUCCUGCUUUGUUUAGGGGGGGAUAGAUUUAUGGUUUCUGAAAGCUUGUCUCGGCGUAUGUUAGAAAGGGAGGAAAUGGACCAAAACCAGAUAUUUCGUCUCGUUUGUUUGUCGGAGUUCAGCCACGGUGACGUCAGUGAGGGUUUUUGCCCCCCCCCCCCACACACACACACACACACACACACACAGACAUCAUACCUUAUUCAACUGCAGCAGAGUGAGUUGAUCAACCGUACGGUUGAAUCUGAAUGCCAAACUAGAAACGGGUUGGAAUGAAAUAGCUGGAGAGGGGAGCUGAAUAUCGGUAAUGUUUUUUUUUUCUUCCAUAUUGUGGUGCCUUCUUUAAAAGAUGCCAAACAGGAGCACUUUAUGUGAAAUUUUUUAAUCAAAAUGCUUUGACCCUGAAUUGCAAAUACUAUCCUGAAUGACAUUUUUACUGCUUCACUAAAAGACAAGCCAGGACACGGUGUCGAACAGCACAUGUAGGCACAUGCUGACCUUCAGCGUCACUUUUACUGCAGUAUUACAGAUGGACGGUUUGUUUAAACGAUUCUGAACAAAGGAUAUGAGGUUUAUCGGAGGAUCAGUUAUUACUGUAUCGUGAUUUCUAAACGCAGUGGGAGAAUGAAAACAGGAACGAAUGUAUUUAUUAGCAGCCGCCUCAUCAGGGCACAGUGGUGUGUGUGUGUGAGGGACUGAAGUACUGUAUGUAGGGAAGAGGACGGCACAUUGUGUAUCAUUAAGGUCAUAACAGCAGGCUGUGGGCAAAUGGGCGGAUCUGUAUGGGAGCGGGUGCUCACUCAGGACAAGGUAAAAUGGCUAAAUUGUUUUAUUUCGUGUGAAUAUGACGUAGUUGCCAGACAAAGCUUUAGAGGUGACCAAACACAGACAGAGAAUCUCAUUAAUCGUUUUCAUCCUCGCUCUCGCUUGGUCUUGUGCUCUGUGGAGUAGGUAGCGCUGCCUGGAGCUCUGGGUACAUGAGUAGUGUUGCUGAUGCCCCUGUUAGCCCUUUCUCUUGGACCUCGUCCUCAUUUACUCAUCGCAUUAAGCCACGCUCUGCCUGGAUCAAGUGUUUCAGCUGAUGGAUGAGUGAAUGCACUUUGAAAUAAAAUUUGUUUGCUCUCCAAAUCAGUUUUGUUUACACUCUGAAAACGGUGACUGACUGGAUCCAUGAUGAUUUGAAUUAUUUUUUUAACCUUUUAAACAGAUACUGAUGCACGCUUUUUGUUUUCCUUUUUGUUUUUUCCCUCCCUGUUGUACACUUGUGAGUAAAGUAACUUGUUCUCACUUACUCUCAAGGCAAGACAAACGAAAUGAGGCACUGGUAUUUUUUUUUUUUUUUAAUUAAAAUCUUCUGAUUUUUAUAACCCUAAAUCCUUACUUACCAAAAGGCAUCAUCCUUCAAAGACAAAGUUUAUCGAUAUAGUUUAUUUAAUUAAUAAUCAAGAUGCGUAAAUCCACGUACAUGUGUGGAAUGUUCAUAUUGUAUAUUAAGAUAGAUUAAAAGCAUUAGUCUAAAACUAGUCAUCUAUGUGAAACCUCGAAGAGAAAGAGACUGAUAUAAUUAAAAAAAUAAUUGGUGUGUGUGUGUGUAUGAGAACUAGUUGAUUAGGUUGUGCAAGUGGAGAAUUACUCUGGAGGGGUCUCCAGGAUGGAUUUCAGGGAUUUGUGUGUUUUUACACUGCACACUUUUUGUUUUCCCAAUUCCAUGAAAGAGUUCAGGCAGCAGUGAGUCUGCAUCUGUCGUACUCGUCGUGAUUCAUUGUUUUUCUCCGUUGCGUUUAUGAUGCACCUACUUAAGUGAAAGCCUCAGAAUAUAAUGCUUCCAUUGUACAAGAAAAGAGGUGCAAGUUAUCGCUCCUGUCUCCUCCCGUAAACCAAGGCUACAGUCCUGAUAGAGCAGUAGCACUGUCUUAGUUUAAAAGUUAGGCUGUAGACUUAGUUUGGCCAAAUCAAUUUUCUGGUUUUAAAUGUUUAUCUUUGUGGUUAAAUACAUUAACAACUCUGUUUUUUCAUAGUUAUUGUUUACUUCCAUCGUCUGGACAAAUCAUUGAUUCUUUUUAUAUAUACAGUAUAUAUUUUUUUUUUCCGUUAAUUUUAAACUUUUGUCCUACUGACUAAAUUUAGGGGAUGUGUAAUACUGGUAUCAACUGUAUACAUAUAUUCGUCUUGCGUUUUCUAGGUGUUGGAGGUUAAACCUCCAAUAAAACACUGUGCCAUCUCACAGCAGCCAAGCUUCGUCACUACUGCAGUGUCUCCUCUCCUCCUCUCGUGAAAUCAGCAGUGGUUAUUUUAGGGUAUUGCACUCUAUUGCCAAUGCAGAAAAAAUAAAAUGGAUAAAGGGGCUCAUAAAAGGAGAAAUGGUACAUUUCUGUAAAGAUUAAUGUCAGUAUUCAUUGUUCUCUGGUUGAGCGUUACCACUACAAUUCAUAUGUAAUCUGUAUCAAAAUGUAUAGAUUGUGAAACAUGUUACUGAAUGUCUAAAAGAUUAUGGCUUGAGAUUAUAUUAAAGUAUUCAUAAAUCAGAGGAAAAAAAUAAUCUAGGGUUUAAUGAACAAUUUUGCUUGUACUGUAUUGUCUUGAUGGAGAAAUAAUGGAGAGAAGAUUGGCUGUAAUAAAAUCAUUUUAGUACAAA